AUGAUCCGGCUAGGCUGCUGGUGUGCGCGGCGGCCCCGCGGCGCGGCGUUCCCCGCGGGGCGGCGCUGGGGGUCGGGCGGGCCGGCGGGCCGGGCGGGCGGCCGCUCCCUGCGGGUGCUGGUGGACAUGGACGGCGUGCUGGCCGACUUCGAGGGCGGCUUCCUCAGGAAGUUCCGCGCGCGGUUCCCCGACCAGCCCUACGUCGCGCUGGAGGACCGGCGCGGCUUCUGGUUGUCGGAGCAGUACGGCCGCCUGCAGCCCGGCCUGAGCGAGAAGGCCAUUAGCAUAUGGGAAUCGGAAAAUUUCUUUCUUGACCUGGAGCCUCUCCCGGGGGCUGUGGAAGCUGUGAAGCAGAUGGCCAACCUAGAAAACACUGAUGUCUUCAUCUGCACGAGCCCCAUCAAGAUGUACAAGUACUGUCCCUACGAGAAGUAUGCCUGGGUGGAGAAGCACUUUGGCCCCGACUUUCUGGAUCAGAUUGUGCUGGCCACAGACAAGACCGUGGUCUCUGCCGACCUUCUCAUAGAUGACCGGCCAGACAUCACAGGCAAGUGGCCUGCCGCAGGGGCUGAGCCGACCCCCAGCUGGGAGCACAUCCUCUUCACGGCCUGUCACAAUCGGCACCUGCAGCUGCAGCCUCCCAGCCGCAGGCUGCACUCGUGGGCAGACGACUGGAAGGCCAUUCUGGACAGCAAGCGGCCCCGCUGA